CCUCACCAACAGGAACACAUACAAACAAAGCAAACACACCCACACGACACGCCUAAAGUACACUCCCCAACUCUUCUUCAUUCACCCAUUCCGCACACCCCACCCUAAAACCCUAAACUUUUUCUCGCUUUCCUUCACUUUCCCGAGAAAAGUUCACUACAACAACGAGACCUAGCGCUAUUCUGUGAAUGGGUGAUCCGUUGGAGAGGCUAGGAUCGGAGGCGAUGGGGCUGGUGGAGGGGGCCAGUACCGCCAAGGACGAGCUGUGCAUGGAGAUCGACCCGCCGUUUCGCGAGAACGUGGCCACGGCAGAGGACUGGAGGCGGGCGCUGAACAAGGUCGUUCCCGCCGUGGUCGUGCUUCGCACCACCGCCUGCCGCGCCUUCGACACCGAGUCUGCAGGCGCCAGCUACGCCACCGGCUUCGUCGUCGACAAGCGCCGAGGGAUUAUCCUCACCAACCGGCAUGUGGUCAAGCCCGGUCCUGUAGUUGCAGAGGCCACGUUCGUGAACCGUGAAGAAAUUCCGGUGCAUCCUAUAUACAGAGAUCCGGUGCAUGAUUUUGGCUUCUUUCGUUAUGAUCCUGGUGCAAUCCAGUUUCUUAGUUACGAGGAGAUUCCUCUUGCUCCCGAGGCUGCUUGUGUUGGACUGGAAAUUAGGGUUGUUGGUAAUGAUAGUGGUGAAAAGGUUUCCAUUUUGGCUGGCACUGUUGCUCGAUUAGAUAGAGAUGCUCCUCAUUAUAAAAAGGAUGGCUACAAUGACUUCAAUACUUUCUACAUGCAAGCUGCAUCUGGGACUAAAGGUGGUUCUAGUGGUUCCCCAGUUAUUGAUUGGCAAGGCAGAGCGGUGGCUUUGAAUGCUGGGAGCAAGUCAUCGAGUGCAUCAGCGUUCUUUUUGCCUUUAGAACGAGUUGUGAGGGCAUUGAGGUUUCUUCAGAAGGGCAGUGAUUCUUAUGUAAAUAAAUGGGAGGCAGUUACCAUUCCUCGUGGUACGCUUCAGGCAACAUUUCUCCAUAAAGGAUUUGAUGAGACACGUCGGCUUGGUCUACAUAGUGAAACAGAGCAGGUGGUACGACAUGCAUCUCCAGCGGGGGAAACUGGAAUGCUUGUUGUUGACUCCGUGGUGCCUGGUGGCCCGGCUCAUAAGAAUUUGGAGCCAGGAGAUGUUCUUGUUCGUGUGAAUGGGGAAGUGGUUACUCAAUUCUUGAAGUUGGAGACUUUGCUUGAUGACAGUGUCAACCAGAACAUUGAAUUACAAACUGAAAGGGGUGGCAAAUCAGUGACCGUCAGCUUGGUGGUGCAGGAUUUACAUUCAAUAACUCCUGAUUACUUCUUAGAAGUAAGUGGCGCAGUGAUACACCCUCUUUCCUAUCAACAGGCCAGAAAUUUCCGUUUCCACUGUGGCCUCGUAUAUGUUACAGAACCAGGAUAUAUGCUCUUUAGAGCAGGAGUUCCUCGCCAUGCCAUUAUUAAAAAAUUUGCUGGCGAAGAAAUAUCAUGUCUUGAGGAACUAAUUGCAAUUCUGUUCAAGCUCUCUAGGGGUGCUCGAGUGCCAUUGGAGUAUAUAAGUUACAUGGAUCGUCAUCGGAGGAAGUCUGUACUUGUCACAAUUGAUCGGCAUGAAUGGUAUGCACCUCCGCAAAUAUACACUCGUGAUGAUAGUACUGGUCUGUGGAUUGCAAAGCCUGCUUUUCAAUCUGACUCCCUUUUACUAUCCCCUGGUAUCAAUGAUGCUGGGAGUCUGGCAGUCGAGAUGUUUUCAAUGAGAGGCGAGGCUAAUUGUAUGGGAGACUUACAUCAGAGUAACAACCAGGAGUUGACUGAUGGUGUUACCAGUAUGGAAACAAAUUGUGAAGAUACUUGUGACGAAACACGACCUCGGGAUGACUCUGUUGGUACAAAGAAACGAAGGGUGGAAGAGGAAUUGUCUGCUAAUACAAAUGUUGUUGCUGACUGUACCUUGCUUGAAACCAGAGAAGUUAAGUUGGAGGAUCCUAACACUGCACAAAAUGCUAUCUUAAGAGAUUUUCAAGGUGCAACAGCAACAGCAACUGCCGCUAAUGCUUCUUUUUCUGAACGUGUGAUAGAGCCCACUCUUGUAAUGUUUGAGGUCCAUGUGCCACCAUCAUGUAUGCUUGAUGGUGUCCAUUCACAACAUUUUUUUGGGACUGGUGUCAUUAUAUAUCAUUCUCAAAGCAUGGGACUUGUGGUGGUUGAUAAGAACACAGUUGCAAUAUCUGCAUCUGAUGUGAUGCUGUCUUUUGCUGCUUUUCCAAUUGAAAUUCCCGGGGAGGUUGUUUUUCUCCACCCUGUUCACAAUUAUGCUCUUGUCGCAUAUGAUCCUUCUGCUCUAGGAGCAGUUGGUGCCUCCGUUGUUCGGGCUGCUGAGCUACUUCCUGAGCCUGCAUUAUGUCGUGGCGACUCGGUGUAUCUUGUGGGGUUAAGUAGAAGCCUGCAAGCGACAUCCAGAAAAUCCAUUGUGACCAAUCCAUGUGCUGCAUUGAAUAUUGGCUCAGCUGAUUGUCCACGGUAUAGGGCAACCAACAUGGAAGUCAUCGAGCUUGAUACUGAUUUUGGAAGUACAUUUUCGGGUGCGUUAACUGAUGAGCAUGGAAGGGUCCAAGCUAUAUGGGGAAGCUUUUCAACUCAGCUGAAAUUUGGCUGCAACACGUCCGAGGAUCAUCAAUUUGUCAGAGGUAUCCCAAUAUAUACAAUCAGCCAAGUGCUUGACAAAAUCAUAUCUGGUGCAAAGGGGCCACCUCUUCUCAUAAAUGGUGUCAGAAGGCCCAUGCCACUCGUUAGAAUUUUAGAGGUUGAACUUUAUCCUACGUUGCUGUCAAAGGCCCGGAGUUUUGGACUGGGCGAUGAUUGGGUGCAAGCUCUUGUCAAGAAAGAUCCAAUCAGACGACAGGUUUUACGUGUGAAAGGUUGUUUGGCUGGAUCCCAAGCUGAAAAUUUACUGGAACAAGGAGACAUGAUCUUGGCAAUCGACAAAGAGCCAGUUACAUGUUUCCAUGACAUAGAAACUGCUUGCCAAGCAUUAGACAAAUGUGAUAACAAUGAUGGAAAGCUUAACUUGACCAUUUUUCGGCAGGGACGUGAAAUUGAUAUUCUUGUGGGGACAGAUGUUAGGGAUGGGAUUGGCACAACCCGUGUGAUAAAUUGGUGUGGGUGUAUUGUUCAGGAUCCUCAUUCAGCAGUACGUGCUCUUGGAUUUCUUCCUGAAGAAGGUCAUGGUGUGUAUGUGGCGAGGUGGUGCCACGGCAGUCCAGUGCAUAGGUAUGGUCUGUAUGCACUUCAGUGGAUUGUUGAAGUUAAUGGAAAACCGACUCCUGAUUUAGAUGCUUUUGUUAAUGUGACAAAGGAAUUAGAACAUGGGGAGUUCGUUCGUGUGCGGACAGUCCACCUGAAUGGAAAGCCUCGGGUACUAACAUUGAAGCAGGAUUUGCACUACUGGCCUACAUGGGAAUUGAGAUUUAAUCCUGAGACUGCAAUGUGGCGUCGAGAGACGAUCAAGGCAUUGGGCUGCACUAGUAUAUGAGAGAGACAAGAGUAUCCUCACCUGGAUUCCUCGGUUCAGACACGAAUGGGUGCUGCUGCAUUCUGGGUGGAUUACAUGGUACUAGGCAUUUUUACUUAGGUGGAAAUGUAUUCAAUCAUUAUUUAAGGUUCAUUGUAAACUGAAAAUAUUUAUUAUACCAAUUGUUUGAUGAAAGGAAAUAAAUCUAUAUUGUUUGCCUCA